AUGGAUAACACAAAAGGAGAAAAUUGCAAGUUUGCAGAUGAUGGCACUUUAUGGCAUAAGGGGAAAGACAUAAAGGAAAUGAAAGAAAGAACUUCAGAGGAUGUCAAAACUAUUUUAAAAUGGACAGAAAAAUGGAGAAUUAAUGUAAACCUGGAAAAGUGUGAAGUAUGCCUAUUCUCAAAAGGCAACACAGAUGCAGAGCAGAAAACAUUAAAAGUCAACUCCUUCUCCUAUAGAUAUAGUCCAACACCGAAGCUACUUGGAGUAACUCUAGACGAGAAGCUUAAAUUUGACACCCACAUCAAUCUGAUGCAGAAGAGGGCAAAUAAUGCAAUAUAUGUAAUUAGAGAUAUUAAGGGCAUGGGAGGAAUAUCAAGAUCAAAACUACUCCAAAUAUACAACAGCAUGGUUAGAUCUAUCAUGGAGUAUGCAUGCCCAGUCUGGCAAAUAACAUCUGCAGAGAAUAUGAAGAAAUUAGAAGCUGUACAAAGAAAAGGCUUGUCAAUAUGCCUAGGACUACCAGGAACAUCAGGUAGAGAGGCAAUGGAAGUUGAAGCCAACAUACAACCCAUAGACCUCAGAAUAGAGGAAAUAUCAGUACGUGAACUGGCAAAAAUACAAUCAAAGAACAUAGCAGAACCAAUUAAACAACAACUAGAACAGUAUUUAACAAACAACGCAACCUAUGAACAACAGGAUUCUCCAUUUGGUAAAGCUAUAAACCAAUCCAUAGACAUGUUCAAAGCCACAAAAGUUGACAUCAAACUUAUAGAACCAGAAUUCACAUACAAAGCUGGUGUAGAUGUCAUGCUAAGGAGAUCACCAAGUUAUUGGAGUCGUCUAGGUAGCUCAAAGAACAGAACAGCCGAACAAACUGUUGAAAGUAAACAGGUUGUAAAGGACCUAUUAGGAGACAGCACAGACUCAACAGUAGUGGCAUUCACUGAUGGUUCAUGUCAAGGUAACCCGGGACCAUGUGGGGCAGGAGCAGUAGUAUAUUCUGGAAAUAGCCAAGGCAUAAGUCUAAAGAGGCCAGUAGCUAAUAGAGGAUCGAUACUUCUUGCUGAACUAGUAGCCAUACUAAUGGUCCUGGAGCACUGUAUAACGACUAUAAAGGACCAGUUUUCUGAGCUUAAAAUACUGUCAGAUAGCCAGACUGCUGUAGGCAUCUUGACUCUGAACUGGAAAUCUUCUAACUACAUCGACACAAUUACUGAUAUCAAAGAAUGCAUGGGAACGCUCUUAAGACACGGCAUACUAACAACCCUAUCUUGGAUCCCAGGCCAUGCUAAUAUAGCCGGGAACGAGAUAGCGGACCAGUUGGCAAAAGACGCUGCAAAAGAGGCCUCAUCACUAAAUGAUCAGUAUAAUGUCAUAACCAUGUCAGAUGUAAGAUGUGCAGUCAAGAUGUCUACAAAACUCAAAUGGCAAAGCAGAUGGACAAUUAGUGAAACUGGAAGACAGCUUUUCAACCUAAUUCCUAUCGUUGGUAAGGACGCACAACUAGACAAGCCUAACAACCAAAUAGGAAGAAUAUUGUCAGAAAUAAGAACGGGCUACAGCAGACUUAACAAAUACAGAAACCAAAUCGGUCAAUCCCUCACGCCAUAUUGUGAAUGCGGAGAAGAAGAAACAUCAGAACACUUCCUGCUAUACUGCCCAAGAUACCAACAAGAAAGAGAGGACAUGCGAAUACAAAUGGAACUACUUAACAUCGAUCCAACAAAUAUACAGUCAAUACUAGCACCACCAAAAAGAGAAACCUACGAAGCAACAUCGCAAAUUGUAGGGGAAUAUAUUACAAAAUCAGGGAGAUUCCAAGAACUUGCAAUCCCUGAUUCCCGAUCCUGCGCCUAA